CUGCGCAGUAAGUAAAGGGAGUACUGCUGCUGACGGCUAGAAGAAGGGAGAGGCAGCUAGAGCGAGACGGGCAGAAAGGGAACCCCGUCUACCUCCGUAUUAAAAUAAAUCAUUUAAUUAAAAAUUAAAAGGGAAAAAAAUCCGCACAGCCGGAGCAUCGUCGCCAUCGCUGCCGCAGGCUGGCUGUCCGCCUGGCCAUGCCAAGGACACGGCGAUGUAUUACUACUCCAGUCGGCCCAAAAUGAGUGCCAGCGCAGCCGGGGCAGCGGGAGUGGGUGCUGGCGGGGCCAGGCGACUGCAGAACGGCAGUCGCUGCGCGGUUGGAGGCGGCUGCGGAGAGCUGGUGAACGGCGACGGGAGGUUUAGCGCCGUAGUGGCCACUGCUACUACCACCACCCCUACGGAAUGCUGUGACACGGAGAGUUGCGUGGCGGAGGCCCAGACGAACAGCGACUGGGACAAAGCUUCUAUUGCUGCUGCCUCUCCCCCCUGCACCAAUGCGGAGCCGGGCUCCGGGAGGCAGAAAAAGAAUAACAGCAGCUCCCCGAGCUUCUUUGUGAACGGCAGCACGGACGGCAUUAUCACGCGCGAGCGAGCGGGUGCGUGUGGGCAGUACGGGAAUCCUGGUGGGCUCGGUGGUGGUUGCAGUGCGGUUGGCAGACAAAGCGAUGGACCAGGAGAAGAUAACGGCAUUAAUAUUGAUCACGAACCCGAAGGCUCAAGGUACGGGGGCGAGCGUCUGUGUUUUAUGGUCCCUGCGUCUUCGAGAAGCGAGCGCAGAGCGUGCAAACCGCAAGCCCCGGUCACCGGGAGGAGGAACUAUAACGUUAAAGGGCAGACCCAGACCAAGGGGGCUGCUGCUUCAAUGACUGCCGCCGCAAGGUGUGGCCAUCAAAACGCCGAAUCGGCGAACAGUAAGCGCCGGGGAUGCAGUUACACUCGCGCUUCCAAACGGGUGUGCUACGCAGGCACAGCCCGUGCGGGGGACUGCGGCAGCUUAGGAACGGGGAGUGAAACACAGCAGGAUUCCGGUGACACGCCGCGGAUUUUCCCCGAGAGUCACAGCAGUGGCGUGUCUGAAAAGAGCAACGGCAGGCAGUGGCUGGGAUCGGAACAAGCAACUGAAGAUGUCGGUGAAAAGUGUCAGAUUAGGCGCACGAGCGCAACUGGGUCUCACAAAUCCAAUUCCACAGUGUGUCCGCGUGUGGCGGGUGACGCUAGUAAUGUAAACAGCAACGACAUGAUGCCACCUUGCCAAACGUCAAAAGGACGUGUGAGACUGUACCGUGUGCGCUCAUUCCUGGCCAGCACCUCCGGAUAUCACAACGGCCAUGGAGAGAAUGGACGCUACAACUUAAACGGGAGCAGCAGGCCCUCACCUCCCUCGCAAGACAAAGCCGUCCUACCCCGUAAGCACAGUUCCCCGGUGGCUGAUAUCAGCGAGCAGAGAGGGAACGGUGGCUCAAAUGGGAGAGGGAGCUCUUCCCCAGACGCAGCGGUCGCAGAAAUGCCAGGUGCGGACAGGUCAGAUGCUGCUGAGGCAGAAGACACUCAGGUGAAACUGGAAGCCCAGGUGGAGCGGGCGUCAGGUGAAGCGAGCCGGCGCCAGGUAGAACUCGAGGAGCGCUCGGAGCGCGUACUUCGCCGCUUGCAGGCCGUGCAGGUGAAGCAGGUGGAGAGGCACGUGAGCCAGCAGCUGCAGGGCCUGAGCCGGAGGCCGUCGCAGGGAUCCGGUGACCGGAAGCCUGCUGCUGUGCUGUCCCAUAGCUCCCGGAGGAGAGAGCUCAGUCGGCUGGCGCACAGCUGCAGCGAGGUGCUCUCGGCGGCAGGGGGCGCUCUGGACUCGGACCAUACGGCCAGUAGUUCCGGGGGAAGCAGCGAGAGUGAGGAAGACGGUGAUGAAGAUGAAGGAUCAGUGAUGAAAGGAUGGACACACACGCGCUCCGCCAAAGCAGUGCGGCGGGCAACAGAGCUGCAGUGGGCUCAGGAGCGGGCGAGACUGGGCAGUAGGUGGGUCUGGCUACAGGCCCAGGUGUCCGAGCUGGAGUACAGAAUCAGGGCGCUGACCGAGCUCUACACACAUCUCCGCCAGGGCAAGGUGCGCACUGGUCCUGAAACACCUCUCAGAGCCCCCAGACCUCCCCCACCACAAAACAGCGCCACCUGCAGGUCCUCCUCUGCCGGUGAGCCUCUCAGGAAGACCAAGGCGGAAGACGCUGUCCCCUCUCCCCAACCCCCGCUAGCCUCCGCUGCUCGUGUCUGUCCGUUGCCACGACUACGGCGGCACAAGCUCCUUCGCCUGGAGGCAUGUCCAGCCCUGGGUUUAAAGCCGGUGUUGUUGCCGUGUGUGUGCGAGCCUUCCGUGGUGUGUGUCCUGUGUGGCGGGGGACCGCCACGGCCUCCACCGGACCCACGGGAGUGUGUGGAACAGCGGCGGUCUCGGUUGGACCUGUGUGUGCAUCCAGUUCUUACACUCCCUUCAGACAUUCCUUUAGUGGUUCAGUGUGGGACGUCCCCGCUGGUCGGCGGUUCCCAGAAUGCAUUGCGUUGGACGGGUGUGCCCGCCCAUGCUGCUGGUGUGAGUAGGCGGGGCCAGGGAACUCAGAGGGCGGGGCGUGUGAGGAGGAGACUAAUGUGUCCCCGCCCACCUAAUACACUCCCCCCACUCCAACACAGUACAGGUGGAACCUGUGGCAGAAACUACAGAGGUGUGGUCAGUCCUGGACUGCUGAAUCAGCGAAUCACAGACCUCCCUCCCCUGUCAACCACUUCCCUAGUUCCAGGUACUUCCAAUCAGCCCUUGCGCAGGCGUCGAGGGGAGAGCUCUUUUGACAUCGAUAACCUAGUGAUGCCCGUCGGUCUGGCAGGACUUGGAGCGAAGUGCAGAAACUCCAGUACAAGGAGAUCAUCACUCCCAGCUGGAGGGAACUGGAUGAUGAGAGGGAGGUGCCACAUCCUGCUCUACUGGACUCCACACUCUCACACCAGCAGGAAGAGCCUCAGGGAGAUGCAGAGUCAGAGGAGGUGGAGGACAUGUCUGAUGGAUCUUUCCUCAGUCGUCAUGCUGUUUGUGAGAACAGAGAACGGGGUCGCUGGCGCAACUGGGCACACAGACGUCGCCGCGGCAGGUCCUCUUCGUUCCACGGUGAGGGCAGGUGGAGCUCCAAGUUGCUGGAGGGGUCGCCGUCGUCUCCGGACCCCAGGCAGGGAUACCCUACUGAGGGGGAGAUCUCUCCAGCCAGCCCCUUCCCCUUCACAGACCCAGAGGAUGCCAGCCUCUUCCUGCCUGAAGAGGAACAGCAGGUGAUGUUGCCAUGGGAACGCCGGACGUUCCCGCUGUUGGAAGCGGAGCUCGCAGCGUUGCAGGAAGAGGAAGAGGAGGAGGAGCAUUGUGAAGGCGAAGGCAGCGGACGUAGCCAGAGCACCGAUUCAGG